AUGGAACUAGGAAGAUGUCAAAGCUUGGUUUCUUUUACAGAGAGUACCUUCCCCCCUGCACUAAAAGAACUGAGGAUUUGGAGUUGUGAUAAUUUGCAAUAUCUGUUUGAUCAGAGUAUGAGUAGUAGUAACACUUGUCUUCUUGAGCACUUGAAAAUUACUGGCUGCCAGUCUCCAAUAUGGUUAUCAUCAAGGGAGUUGGAAUGCGUGGCACAAGACUUAUAUGAAAUCAUUGAUCUCGAAAUUUUUAAAGUGGCGGAUUCUAAAAAUAUUAAAUCUUUACCGCGAGGAUUAGACAAGCUCAACCAUCUCCUGGAGAUUUAUCUGCAUAAUUGUUUAAAUCUGGUGGUUUGUUUCGACGAAAUUGGGUUCCCCACUGCAAAUCUCAAAGUUUUCGAGAUUGAGCAUUGUGAAAAUUUUGGAACCAUUCCAAAGUGCAUCAACAAUUUCACCUCCCUUCAAGAAUUAAAGGUGUGGAACUGUGGGGCUGACAUAUCCUUUCCAGAAGAGGGUUUCCCUACCAACCUCGCAUCACUUGGAAUCUCAGGUGCACCCAAAAUUUAUAGCUCACUUGUUGAAUGGGGAUUGCAUAGACUUACCUCUCUUCAGCAACUCGAAAUCAGCGGUGAAGAAUGCUCAAAUGUUGCGUCCUUUCCAGAAGAAGGGAUAGGAAUGGCGCUGCCUCCUCCUCUCAUAUCUAUAACCAUUAGAAAUUUCAAGAAUCUGGAAUUCAUGUGUUCCAAGGGCUUUCAACACCUCACCUCUCUUGAUGAAUUGUAUAUCAGCGACUGUCCCAAGCUCACAUCUCUUCCGGCAAAAGACAUGCUUCUCUCGCUUGGAAGGAUAUUUGUUAACAGAUGUCCAUUGCUAAAAGAAGAGUGUACGAGACUUAAAGAACGGGAAUGGUCCAAGAUUUCCCAUAUACCUUUUGCUCUAAUUGAUGGUAAAGUUCUGACCCCGAGGGAAGUAGAUUGA